GCAGGCGGGACACCUAGGUGGGCGUCGGGCUGGGUCCCAGCUCCGGCCCAGCGCCGAGUCGCGCUUUCUCUUCCGCGUUCCCAGGCGUCCGGAAGGGAAGGUCCCCGCGAGUCCGCCUCUCCGCCAGUCCCGGGUCGGAGCAGCCUCGGGGCGUCCGGCGGCUGCAGCCGCGCACCGGGCGCACCGGCCAGGAGGGCGUGGGGGAGCGGAGGGGUGCCCCCUGCGGGAAGAUGAGGAAGCCCGACGGGAAGAUCGUGCUUUUGGGGGACAUGAACGUGGGCAAGACGUCGCUGCUCCAGAGGUACAUGGAGCGGCGCUUCCCGGACACGGUCAGCACGGUGGGCGGCGCCUUCUACCUGAAGCAGUGGCGCUCCUUCAACAUCUCCAUCUGGGACACUGCAGGGCGGGAGCAGUUCCACGGCCUGGGCUCCAUGUACUGCCGGGGGGCGGCUGCCGUCAUCCUCAUCUACGACGUGAACCACGCCCAGAGCCUGCUGGAGCUGGAGGACCGGUUCCUGGGCCUGACGGACACAGCCAGCGCCGACUGCCUCUUCGCCGUCGUGGGCAACAAGGUGGACUUGAGCGAGGAGGCACCCGGGGAGGGUGGCCAGGGAGGAGGACGUGACCCCGGGCAGGCGGGUGGGGGCGGCGGUGGCAGCCCGGCCCCCCGGCCGUCCAGGCAGGUGCAGCUGGAGGACGCGGUGGCCUUUUACAAGAAGAUCCUCAAGUACAAGAUGCUGGAUGAGAAGGAUGUACCGGCUGCCGAGCAGAUGUGCUUUGAGACGAGUGCCAAGACCGGCAAGAACGUGGACCUGGUGUUCGAAACGGUGUUCGACAUGGUGGUGCCCGUGAUUCUGCGGCAGAGGGCCCAGGCCCUGCCGCAGACCGUGGACAUCGCCAGCGCCCCGCCGCCCGCAAAGACCAGAUCCGGGUGCUGCUUCUGACGCGCCCCGGCCCGGCCCCGGGGACCCAGGUGGGCUGAGGGGCAGAUCGGGGUCACUCUGUGGGACUGCACGUGGAGGAGGAGCCGGGAGGAAGUGCCAGCCGGUCCCCAAGACAAGGGCCGUGUGACCGGCCCCCUGCGUCCUUCGCUGCCCUGGGAGGUGGGAAGCAGACGGAUCGUCCGGAGAAGCCACCUGCAGAGCCGGGCUCCCUGAGACUGACGUCCCCUCGCUGCCCCGUCCUAACACCUGGCCUCUGACAGGUGUCCCCCUGUCUCCGCACCUGCAGACUCUCCAGGGUUCCUCUUCACUGUGAUUUACCUUUGACCCAGCCAUUCGGUACUUGUCUCUUGAUGCCUCGUAACAAUUCUUG